AUCGCUCGCUUGAGUUGCGCCUCUCUCGGAGCUGUCGUCGCUCUCCUCACUCACACAUUUUCCAAGAGAAACUCCUGAUGCGCUCGAGUUGCUGAAGAAAGGAUCUUGCUUUAUUUUUCAUCCAUCGGGGCUUUAACGGGGUUUUAAGACGCGGAUUACAACCUCUGUUGUGUUGUUUUAAUCGGCAGGAACAUGAAGAAGCUCGGACUUUUGCGUCCGAAGUGGCUGAGGGACUGAAUUGGCGUGUUGUCUAGCCAGCACCGAGAUUUGAAGCUGAGCUGCCAUGGCCAAGUGGCUGAAGGACUACCUAAGCUUUGGCAGAAAGGUACCCCCACAACCACCCACACCGGACUACACAGAAAGUGAGUUUCUCAAAGCGUACCGCCUCCAGAGAGACCUGGACUUUGAAGAUCCAUAUGAGGAUGCGGAGAACAGAUCCAGAGAGGAAUCUGGGAAUUUUGAGCCGUCCACACCAGUGUACGGAUCUCCUAUGAAGUCUUCCAGUUUGGACAUGAAGUCUCCUAAACACAGGCUGAUCAAGGUGGACUCCCAGGAGCUGGGACGCACCAAAAUUCUCCUCAGCUCCAUCUCUUUGGAAGACCAACAAGAGCCUGUGGUGCCAUCAGCCCCGCUGGCAGGGGACACAGAUUAUUCCGAUCCAUUCGAUGCUCGAACGGAACACAGAACGGAUCCAGAUCUUGGUCCUGUACCCUGCGAAAAUAAUGGCUACAUGGAACCAUAUGAAGCUCAAAGGGUCAUAACAGAACUGCAGCGAAACACUGGAGGAGGACGUAUGCGGGGAGGGUUGCAGCUUUAUGACACUCCAUAUGAAGAUGAGCGAGGACAGCGCCUUGGUUAUGUGUUCGGAGAACUUCAUGAGGAGGGCAAGGAGACCAGCAGGCUGCCGCAAGAUGACGAGAGACCAGCUGAUGAGUACGACCAACCCUGGGAAUGGAAAAAGGAUCACAUCUCCAAAGCAUUUGCAGCACAGUUUGACGCCACAGAGUGGGAUCGCUCGUCCUCGCCUACAGAGCGCUUGCGUCCUGCAGGUCCCAGGUCAAGCCCACUAGCAGCAGCAGGAGGAGGAAUGAAGUUCAGAACACCUCAUGAGAGCCCUACCAUGAUGGGGGAGAGAGUAGACCCAACUCUGCCUCUGGAAAAACAGGUAUGGUACCACGGCUCUCUGUCGCGCUCGGAGGCAGAGUCACUGCUAACACUGUGUAAAGAGUGCAGCUACCUGGUGAGGAACAGUCAGAACCGCUCAGACUUCUCUCUGUCCCUAAGGAGCUGCCAGGGUUUUAUGCACAUGAAGUUCUCACAGUGUAAAGAUGGGAAGUACGUGCUGGGACAGAACAGCCCACCCUUUGACACCAUUCCUGAGGCCGUCCACUAUUACACCACGCAUAAACUCCCGAUCCGAGGUGCCGAGCAUCUGUCCCUGCUCUUCCCAGUGCAGGUGCAGACCCUCUGACAGAAAAAGACUCGAUCCUGCAAACCUCAAUGAUUCAUUUCACUCAGAAACAGUAAAACAUGAAUGUUAUGGAAAAUCUCAAUGAAGUGAAAAUGCUUCAUCUUUCCCUGCUUUUUUUUUCUAGCAUUUUUUUUUUUGGACUGGAUUACUUCUAGCUUCUAGUGCUUCAGCACAAAGAGGCUUAUGCUUUCAGCCGUUGCAUCUGCGUUGAGUGUGUAAUAUCUCUGGGAUCAAUUCCCAUGAAAUGCAGUACCUGAUCAUUCAGCUCCCGAGCUGCAACUUCUCAUCUAUGUGCUUAACCAAGCGGGCUUACUUUAGAGCAUCUGCUCCACUUCAUUGCAUUUCUUUUUCUUGUCGGUGGACAAGUUUUUGGAUGCACACUUGCUGCAGGUAAGCCUGCGCGAUGUGAAUGUACCCUUUGUUCAGUCAACUGAAAAGGAUAAGCAGAUAUAUUACUAUAUAUCACUAAAUUUUACCACCAUAAAAAAAUAACUGGUAAUGCAAAAGCUAUUAAAACUGAUUAUUAUGCUUAUUUUUCAUCCCCUUUGAUAAAAUAAAAAUGAAUCUGGAUAAAUAAGACAAGAAACUAUUGUUUUAAAGCAAGUUUGUACUGGAAAGAAAGCUAUUUUUAGAGACAAACGAUUCUGACAUGCACCAGUUAUGCUUCUAAUUUUAAUUUUUUCCUCAACAAAAUCACACCUGUUGAAUCAACCCAUUCUAUUGUGUAUAGUUUAAGGGUUACUUGACACAUUUCAGUGUUAUUUGUUGAAUGUUUGAUGUAUUAAAAAGGGCAUUGUACUGGUACUUGAUAAAACUGAAGUUUAAUUCUUGGUGGCUGCUCUUUUUUUAAGAGUUAUGUUUGUUUAAAUUAUCAUUUUGGUUUCUUCUAUUGUCUUUUUACCGACUUUAAAAUCAGAUCAGACUGCAAACCAAACGGAAAAUUAUAAGAGAAAGAUAGUCAGCAUUUACUCAGACUUUAAAAACCUAAAAAUGUUGGCAGUGUUUUCAGUCCUUUUCUCACUUCCUACAGAUUUUUGUCUGCCAACUCAUCACACGGGUGGAUGUUAGAUGUAAGCUGUACUUGAUUCUUGCCUUCUGGAGUGGGUUUAAAUGUCAGCUGUCUUGCUGCAGUAUUUUUAGGUUAAACUAGUUUUAAGGAAAAUUCUUUCUAUACUAAUUAAGCACACCAUUGUAUUGAAGUCAUUGUUUCCUUAUCCAUGGUUGCUACAUUAUGGUGGUAACUUUUUUACCUGCUGAAGUGGAGUUUUAUCUGCAUUUGAAACAAAGUAUGAAAAAUUAUGAAUUUGAGAAAACCAAGAGUUGUCAUUGAUGUCUUCUUGCUCUACAUCUCUUUUAAACAACUAUCAAUGACAUAAUCGAAAUGCAAAACAUUUUUGGGGUUUUUUAUUAUUAGAAAAGAUUUUUAACACACUAAUGAAGUUUGUAAUGCAUAGUUGCAUAACCAGAAUAUAUAACAGGAGGAUAAAAGAAAAGAAGAAAUGAAGGCGAAGUGAUGGGUUAGAUAAAAUCAGGUGACCUUCAGUCUUUUUUUAACCAAACAGUUGGGUUAGAAAUUAGGGGUUAAAAAAAAGAAAAAAUCAUCAGCUGAUUCAAGCACCUCUUCAGAACGAUAAUUCUUGCUUUGUCUGUAACAGAACAACUGAGCGGCAGAAUAUAUUUGCUUACACUCCUUUGCUUUGAGAUAAAGAUAAAAAUGUACAAUGUGCAUUUUGGCUCCCCAAAGCAGUGUUAUGAAGCCGUUGGUGUCAAAUAGGAAAGUUUGUGGUGUUUAUGUUGUAAAAUUAAACAAAAAAAAAAAUAGUUUUAAGCGAGUUGCAUUUUUAUAAACCACAAAAAUUAAAGGGGAAAAAUAAUUAAUCAUAAUAUUUCUAUGUAAAAACUUAAACUUAGAGUUGGAGGCUUUUACCUAUUUUGAUGGCAAUUAAAAAUACAUUAACGGUAUAGAGAUUUGGUCUUGGCCAAUAAGCUGAAGGCACUCCAGAGAGGAAUAACGAUAGUUGACCCUUGCAACAUAGUAGUCGUUGAAUAUAUUUCUAUGGCAGACAUUUGCUAUUUACCUGCAUUGUCUACUGAUGG